AAGAUCUGCUGCCUUCGGUUCUGCCUGCGAGCUGCUGCCUGAUAGGACGAUUGCGUAUCCCGUGUCCGCGUUUUGUCGGAAUUUUUGCAACCGCCGCGAUUUCCGUGGCUCACUACGAUCGUUUCGCUGCCUACGGAACUAGUUUGUGCAGCAGAAGUGCAUCGUUUUCCGAUUCGACAAGAGCCCAAUCAACUUAAGUGUCCACAAUGUCCGAGUACUGGCUGAUAUCGGCACCGGGUGACAAAACAUGUCAGCAAACCUUCGAUACCAUGAACCAGGCCACCAGGAACAAUAACCUGUGUGAAAACUACAAGUUUCACAUUCCGGAUCUUAAGGUCGGAACCCUGGAUCAGCUGGUCGGCCUGUCGGACGACCUCGGAAAGCUGGAUGGGUUUGUCGAGACGACGACACGCAAGAUCGCAAACUAUCUGGGCGACGUGCUGGAGGAUCAGCGCGAUAAGCUGUUCGAGAAUUUGGUCGCCAACAACACCGACCUGACGUCCUACAUCAUCCGCUUCCAGUGGGAUCUGGCCAAGUACCCGACGAAGCAAUCGCUCCGCAACAUUGCCGACAUCAUCUCCAAGCAAGUCGGACAGAUUGAUGCCGAUCUGAAGACGAAAUCUGCCGCGUACAACAAUCUGAAGGGCAAUCUUCAGAACUUGGAGAAGAAGCAGUCUGGUAGCCUGCUGACGCGCAACUUGGCCGAUCUGGUGAAGAAGGAACACUUCAUUCUCGAUUCGGAGUACUUGACCACGCUGCUGGUGAUCGUUCCGAAGGCCAACAUGAACGAUUGGAACGCGCACUAUGAGAAGAUCACCGACAUGAUCGUGCCGCGCUCGUCGCAGACGAUCACUCAGGAUUCGGACUACGCCCUGUGCUCGGUGACGCUGUUCAAGAAGGUGGUCGAUGAGUUCAAACUACACGCCCGUGAGCGCAAGUUUGUUGUGCGUGAGUUCGUGUACAACGAGGAGGAACUGGCGGCCGGCAAGAACGAAAUCACCAAGCUGGUCACCGAUAAGAAGAAGCAGUUUGGUCCACUGGUCAGAUGGUUGAAGGUCAACUUUAGCGAGUGCUUCUGCGCCUGGGUUCACGUGAAGGCGCUGAGGGUUUUCGUCGAGUCGGUGCUGAGAUACGGUUUGCCGGUCAACUUCCAAGCCAUCCUCAUCCAUCCGAACAAGAAGAGCACAAAGCGUCUGCGGGACGUACUGCAGCAGCUAUACGGCCAUCUGGACGGUUCGGCAGGAUCCUCGGGGGGAAAUGCUGACAAUGUCGACAUUCCUGGACUGGGCUUUGGACAAUCGGAAUACUUUCCCUACGUGUACUACAAACUGAACAUCGACAUGGUCGAUACGAAGGUUUAAGGUGAGCGCGGCCACAAGUGCGUACUUUUAGGUGUAGGCGUGUCGAAUGAACUACGGACUACGUACGGCUGGACUGCCACGGGAAGCUGCCAACCAAUAGAAGUCAGAUUUCCAGCACCGUAGAGCGCAAACAACCACCAUCCCGAAAAAGGCUAUCAAACUUUAUGAUUUCGCGCCACAAUCGGGGUCGAAUGAUUUAAGUACCCCGGUUUUUGUUUUGUUACGCCAUUGGCCACGCAGAAAACCUUUUCUUUUGCUGGCAGUCACACUUCCUUCCCAUUGCUCCCAAAGGGCGACCCGAUCGAUCAUGGCUGGUGUGUUAAAUUGUUGAAUACUUAGUUUCGUUAAUCAUUUUAGCAUUAUUUGUUUUACUUUUUUGAUGUGACAUUAAGCGCAAAAUGGAAAACUAGAAAAGAAACACCAGGCCACCGGGCGGCACAAAAACCAUAAUACCCUCAUACGCAGAGACGGAAACAAUCGGAAGCAAAAGGACCCUGAUAUCGUUGGCUGGUUUGGUGCGGCGACGGCGGACACUAACAUCGGGACGAUCCGCCGAAUCCGUUCGUCCUCAAGUUUGCUUCCGAUUGUCCGUUGUGCGUGUGAUUACAAUCGAAACCGCAACCCGUAUUAACGUGUCGCCAACAUCCGUUCAUCCAUCCCAAUCAUCUGCAAGAUCAGAUUAUCAUAUUUUCCGUAUGGAGAAACGUGUGAGUGUGUGUGUCAAUUCUUUUCGGGGACAGUAAGGAUGGCCACUUUAUUAUUUCCGUUAGAAAAUCGUUGAUCCACCGGGCGUACCCGAACCAACGCGGGCAUAAAUAGUUGAUGUAUAGUGUAAGAAAAGUUUAUCCAACACCGUUAAGUGAUGAUGAUGAUCGGAUUCAUAUAACUGUCCCUAUGGAGUUCUCCAGGGGACUGAGGGGGACAUUCAUCGUUACGCACGCAAUUUGUUACUUGUCUGUGUGCAAACAUUCUAUUUAGUGUACGUGGGGAGGCGGCAAACUGCACACGGCGGUCCCUAUUCCAAAUCAGCAUAAUUAUUCGUGUAAGAAGGCGCCACUCGGAGCGCCGGUCCAGCAGUUUCGGAAACAAUCGUCCUACACAGUCCUAUGUUAUGUUUUUUUUUCGUGUAAAUAAACCGUAGUUCCCGAUGGAAAAUCUAGAGAGGAACGCGGGGAAGCAACUCGCCGAGGUGUGGAGUUGUGGAUUGAUGGAACAGUUACAAAUAAUACCGAUCGAUGAUGGCCGCUAACGACGAAUGAUGAUGAUAGGAACAUUCCAAGCGAAGCAAAGUA